UGCAAAGACCUUUCAGUAAUGCCUACAGUGCGCCACAUGAGGUACACCGACUUAGUCUGUCCUGGUGUUCACUAGACCCACCUCUUUCUUCCGUUUCAAGCCACUCAAUGAAAAUGUGAGAGCUAAGAUCGGCGUAGCUCUGCGUCGUUCAAGGCUCUCUCCGAUCUCAGCAUGACAGACACCCAUAGUUAACGGGAUCUUUGCUUCUUCUAUUCAAACACAGCUUGCAAUGACACGGACGCCUGUGAAGCUCUGGGCUCCCAAUGUGUUGAUGUGGGAAGCUCCAGCUCUUGCGACGCUACAAACGCCAGCUUGUGUGGAUCAAAAUUCUGCACAUGCUGCAUUAAAACACCAUGCACACAAACUGACGAGUGUACCGGAUAUGGUGGCAAUUGCAGUAAGAUCUCAGCUGGAUGUUCGGGCACUUCCUAUGAUGCAGGAUGCGCAGCUUCAACUUGCACUUGCUGCAUUGCUGAUACUUCUACUUGUGUCACACUACCUGCCUGCGGAGAUGCUGGCGGGUCGUGCAUUGCUCCUUCUGAAUCGGGCAACUGCACAGGUGUUCUCGACCCCAAUGGCUGCCUUGGAGACAGCUUGCUCCCUGUUGCAAGGGGGAGGUGAGUGA